AUGCCGAAACAGGAACUCGAGAUGUGGUGGACAAACCCAAACGGCUGUUACUGUGAAGACACGUCCCCACGAGGCCCAGAAAUCCCACUCCGCGAUUUGAUGGUUUGUGGAAGACAAAACUUUGCGGAACUCGUAUGGACUACCAUGAGCGUUCGGGAAUGGAGUGUUCUUAGACUGACGAGAGGAAAGGUUUUGGAAUUGAGCGGCCAGCAUGAUUUUCAAAAGAUAUCCUGGGCAAAAGCAGUGCCACGCAUAUCCAGAAGGAAAGGCAAACAGCGCACUUAG